AUGACAGCAAAAUUUAAAGAAUUAACUAAACAAUAUGGCACAUCAGCCCUGGCUGUUUAUUUUAUUAUUUCAACAAUUGAUUUAGGUGCUACGUUUAUAUUGAUUCAAUCAGGUGGAGCUGAAAGAGUUAAAAAAAUAGAAAAUUGGUGUAUUGAAAAUUUUGUUAUAGCAUAUGGUAUCCAUAAGCUUUUACUUCCACUUAGAUUAGGUUUAACUGUAGCAAUAACCCCAUCUGUUGUAAAGAAAUUAAGGAACAUGGGUUGGAAUAUUGGUAAAUCAAUUUGA